UUUCUGAUGGAUAGUCGACGUAUGCACACACAUGUGGUGUGUCAUAUUACAGCUAACUUACACACAUACUACCUCUUACAUUAUUAUCGCUAUUAUUAUCACUGAAUACUACUACUUGAUAUCAAUAUCCGAACGUUGACACGGAUAACAUGAUCUCGAGUGUUCUGGUGAAGUAGACUUUGUGAUCAAGCGCUUGAAACUAAAGGACAAUACCAUGAAUUCUGUAGUGACCGUAGAGGAAAAAGCGCUGGGGCUGUAGACCUUCAGGCACCUUAAAAUAGUUAGCGCAACCGAGACAAUCACUGCCAGCCCGUCCUACUGUGCUGUUAAGAAGCUGAUAACAUCGCCGGUUUCUCUAGAGAAUGCUGAGGGGGUAAAUGUCGAAAUGUCCGUUGAAAGCGGCUUGCACAAGUCAGGCUCUAGUAGGGCGAUGAGCUUCGACAUAAAACAUAGCGUAAUUGAGCGAACCGCUGCACAGAAGUGUCCUAGUAUUCUAUAAUGACCAUUUCACUGCAAGCUACUGGAGGUUAAAAACCAUGACAGGUAUUUGCUGUGCGUGUAGAAGGCGUUGUCGCAUAGGCGAUCUAAUUUCUGAAACCCAUAGGUAGUGAAGCUGCGGCGUCAUGAGAUAGAAGCGCGUAUCGUGGGACCGAUUGUGACACUAUAAGGGAAAAUGAUAUAAUAAUGAUGGGGGAGGGAAUCAGAACAAUGGGCAGCAUGAUGUUGAUAUUCAUAUAGCUGAGAAGGCGCUUGCUUCGGCAUAUACGUAGGGUAAAGGGCCAUGAUGGAUGGACUAGGGCGAGGGUUGUCCUCUGGUGUGCUAUAGCGUGUGUGUUGUAUUCCAGCGUUCUACGAGAGAGAAAGUUAGUCUGUAUGCAGUAGUAGGUUUAGAUUCUAGCGCAUCCCAGCCUAGCAAAUGCGAGACGAUGCCGUUGAGCACUGCUAACAGCCACAGAAGAAGGGGAAGAGGAGAAUGAUGACUGGUGUAGGAUAGGGAAAGUGCAAAGGCGGGCGAGACGCCUGCAAAGUGGUUCGAUAUGAUGGAUACCCGGGCCGAAAGAAUGGCGUCCACGGAUUAGCCUGUGACUGAAGCCAGAAAUACGUCGUAGGGAUCUCUCGUUGUGCAUUAAUCUGAUAAGUCGGGAGCCCUUUGCUUCCCGUAGGAACGAAGGUGUGGGGCCGGAUAUAUAGCGAAUGGGCCUAUGGGAGAUUCCAGAGGAGCUCGAGUGAUGAUCAUUAGCAGAGUAUUCUGGAGAUAACGAAAGGAGAAAGCAAGAGAAGAUACAUGAUCGAAGAAAUGAUUGAAAAGGGAAUUCAUUUUAGUGGUGCUCGCACCUAUUCUGAAAUAGGAGACACAGAAAACGGAUACCCCUGGAUAAGUAGUAUCCUUGGGUUGUUCUCAAGACAUGGUGCCAGUGUGGUCUUGUGUACCGUCGUUACGUAUCUGAAACGAAAUAGAUGUCAGGUCACCACCGAAUGACAGGUGGAAUGAUACUCGGUGGCACUCGAGUGCAAGCUGGAAAAGACAGGUCAUUUCGGUUCGGGACCAGCUUAAGUGCUUAUUCGUAUCAGCGAUGACAGAACAUUAGGAUCUGUACGGAAAUGUGCUGUCGCAGGAGUGA